UAUUUAUCAUUGGAGAGUGAAAUUAAACAGUAAAGUGUUUCGAGCAGACACACUUUUAUUUUAAACAGCGAGUGAAAUAAAGAACCGGCUGUGUGUCAGGAUCCGGGAGGGACUCGUUAGCAUUUAGCUAACUGCCACAAAGUGGAGAACUUUAACCGGAAGUUCAGCAAUGACGUUAGAAGUGGAACUAAACAUUUUAUUAAAACAGCAGACUUUAACACAAACACUAAGUUCUCUGUAAGAACACAGGAGUAUAUUGUUCAUGUGAAAGCUGAGGUCACAGUGUUCAUGAACUGAUUACAGGCUGAUCCUCUUCACGGCGUACACACUUCCUGCAAAGAUCCAGAAAAGAAUGUCUGAGGCUAGUCUCGAGUCACAGAGGAGCCUAUCAGACUCUCAGGAAGAGGUUCCAAAUGAUAUGGACAAGUCUGUGAGCCAAUCAGAGAGCUUCCCUGAUGACACACACAUGACCGAGAUCCACAUUAAUGACAGUAGCAGUGCUAAAAACCUCAUCCAUGAGAGUAAUGGUGAGGAGGAUGAAGGCCAUCCGGAUGUAGUAAUGCAGAACUGCAGCAGUAAUGACAGAGUUCAUACAGUCACUGAGGAGAACUCUGAUCCCAAAUCAGCUAAUCCUGAAACGUCACAGAAUUUAAAGGUAGUCAUGGCAGAUGAGGCCUGCAGAAGUCCAGCUGCUGAGCUUUCAGUCAGCAGUAACGGAGACUCGGGUGGAGAUGUGUUCCAGCGUGACAUGUCGCAUAAUCAACCCUCUGGACCAAUCACUUCACACGUCCACUGUGCACCAGACCAUGGCGUGAUGACCGAGGGCGCAGUUGCAGUGGGACCAUACACAGGACAGAAGAGUCAGCUUUCAUCCUCCUCGUCUCCUUCGUCUCCCACUGAGGCUUCCAGUCCUGUGGCAGCGAGCCGUCUGUCUCGCUCUAUCAGUGAUAGUCAGGUGGAGCGAGAGACAGGGUCUGUGAAAGAACAGGCUAACAGCGGUGCUGUGGUCCUCGCUGACGACAUGAAAAACCCAGCGAUUGAAAAACUCGAGUUGGUCAGGAAGUGGAGCAUUAACACAUACAAAUGCACUAAGCAGAUCCUAUCAGAGAAGCUGGGACGCGGCUCACGCACCGUGGAUCUGGAGCUGGAGGCUCGUAUUGAUGUGCUGCGUGAAAACAAGCGUAAAUACGAGCAGGUGGUGAAGCUUGCACAGACGCUGGCCAAUCAGCUUGCACUGAUGAUGCAGACGCAGCGCCAACUGGGCGAUGCCUUUGCUGACCUUAGUCUCAAAACACCUGAAUUGCAUGAGGAGUUUGGCUACAACGCUGAGACUCAGAAGCUUCUGUCUAAGAACGGGGAGACUCUCUUAGGAGCGAUCAACUUCUUCAUCGCCAGCGUCAACACACUGGUGGACAAAACCAUUGAGGACACCAUGAUCAAUGUCAAACAGUAUGAAACAGCUCGGAUUGAAUAUGAUGCGUAUCGUACAGAUCUGGAGGAACUGAAUCUCGGCCCACGCGAUGCCACCACACUGCCCAAGAUUGAACAGUCCCAGAUCCAGUUCCAGAUCUACCGUGAAAAAUAUGAGAAGAUGCGCAAUGACGUCUCAACUAAACUCAAAUUCCUGGAAGAGAAUAAGGUGAAGGUUCUCCACAAUCAGCUGAUCCUCUUCCACAACGCCAUCGCUGCAUAUUUUGCUGGAAACCAACAGCACCUGGAGCAGACACUCAGACAGUUCCACAUCAAACUGAAAAUGCCCGGUGCAGACACACCCUCCUGGUUAGAGGAACAUCGAGUCUGAAACUAACCCCCCUCCAAAGGUGCUGCAGGUGGUUUGUUCCAGAGAGAAGCAGGAAGUUCAUGCACUCCACCAAUACUAAAUAUCUCAAAUUAUUUUGUCGUCUUGCCGUUGUUUUUUGUUGUUUGUUUUUUCCACUCAAGGACACUAAAGCUAUUAAAAAAAUUCAAGUUGAGUUUGGAGAGAAAAAGAAAAGUAAGAAAUUAUUUCUCUUUCAGUUCCACAGUUAGGUUUUUAAGCGAGUGUUUAUUUGGGAGAGGAGUGCGGUUCUCACGUGGGAGAAAAUCAGAUGUGCACUUUAAUAACAUCCGAAAGCAGUUAUGACAAAUCAGAUCUUUUUUUGUAAAAAUCUAAACAUUUUAUUGAAUGUAAACCACAAAGUCCAGAUUUGUCCAGAGCCUUUUUCCUGCUCUGGUUCUUCUGCCUUCCUUAUAAACCCCAGUGAUUUUCAUCAUCUAGUUUCUACAGUCACCAGGUGCUGGAUUAGAGAGUCAGUUGUUGUGGGAUUUUUCUUUUGUUUUCCAUUUUGGAAAAGUAGAAGUUUGAUACGUGUCCUGUUUUAAUUAAACACUGAACAGAGCAAAUCUCAAUGUGUGGAUUUAAAAGACUUUAUAUUUAAUAUAAAUGACUUAAAAAUUAAUGUUUUAGAAGCUUUCAGUUCAAUAAUGUGCCUUUUCUCUCUCCAGCAAACAGUUAGAAAAAACAUGGCUGUGUCACACUAUGCUCUGGAUCAACACACACCAGUAAAUGUGUAUAUGUGUACAUUUAAUAAUGUGGAACUAAAAGGACCUGCAGUUUCUUUUUCACUCUUUAUUAUAAAUCCACUUUUUUUUUUAUAAACACUCCCACUCUUUAGCUGCAUUCCAGAUUAUGAACCAUUUCAGAACUGUUUUGUAUUUGAUAAACCAAAUUCAUUCUGACGUGAAAACUGGAACGACAAGCUCCUCCUGCGUCUGUCUGAGACCCGUGGUUUUUUUAUUUCUCUUUUUACUGUGCUGUGAUGUAAAUGUUUGUUUCACGCUUGCUGAUAUCUGUAAUAAUGAAUCUCUAUUUUUCCACUUUUUUUUGCAAAUGUCAAAAUACAAAAACUGAAAGAAAUAUUUUCAUUGAAAAUAAUCUACAGUCAAGUCCAAAAGUCUGAGUGAGCAAGACAUGAUAUCAUUUUGCCAUUUAAAAACAGAAAAAAAAACUUAACUGAUGAUUGAUAACUGAUCAAAUGUGAAAGUCCAGUUUAUUCUAACAGCAUAAACAUUCAUUUAUAUUUUAUUACAUUUCUUUAUUUCUAACACACAAUUACAGUCUGACGGCGGAAAUUGGGCGGGGGUGUUUCUUCCACCCCCCCAGCUUUGUAAUUUAAAUUUUUGGAUUUGCCUCAAUAAAGAAUGAUUGAUAACUUUAAUAUAAUUCAAAAACUUCAUCUUUUUCCCCCACUGAUUUAAAAAAAUUUGUCAGACUUUUAGACUCGACUGUAAACACUAGAAUUUUCUAAAUAUUCAGGUAAAUUUCUGUAUCAGCAGAAAAAAUGCACAAUUUAUAGUGACUGUGACCCUAAAACUCAUCCCUGUGCAUGAGCUUACUCUGUGUGACACACAUAAAUGAAUGGGCAUGAGUGUUUUACUGGGAAAUACGCUACUUGUAUUUUUCGUACAAGCUUCAUCCGGGACAUAUAAAUUUCUACAUGUCACUCGCGAGGAACUCGAUGAAUUUGUUUUGAUAAAUUUGGGUACUUUUUGUAAAUGUUUCUACAUAAAAGUAAAUCUGAAGAUAUGAAGUUUAUCUUCUCAUAUUGAAAAACUCGCAUUUUUCAUGCAAAAUACAUCGCAGGUCUGAGUGACAUAUUUCACUCCAAUGAUGUCACUCCCAGUGUUUUCCCACUGACGACCCGUGUCGUCAAAAUGAUGAAACGGUUCAAACUUACACAAAUUAAUCAAAAUAAUUUUAUUUUUUGUGGAUGUGUCCAUAUAAUAUAAAGAACAUUACAUGGUAGUGAGAAGAUACUAAGUUUAUCUUCUCGUGUUAAAUAUUUUCAUUUGUUUGCUUCGCUCACUCGUGAAUAUGUUCACCACUCGAAGAUAAACUUCAUAUCUUUGCAUGACUAUGUAAUAUCUUCUCUAUAUAAAAUGUAUUUGUACACAUGCAGUAUAGAUAAAUUUCCUAUAUUUUCUGUGGGUAUUUCCCUGUGGGUACAUUAAGAGGAAAAGAAUUAAACUUUUUCAUUUGUAAA